AAAUCUGCUCCGCGCCGGUCGUGUGAGCUUCGUGUCGGUCGCUUCGUGCAGGCUUCGUGUUCUCAUUUCGCCGCAAACCUGCGAACAGCAAUUCUGCAGUGAUAUCUUUUCCAUAUCCCCUGUCCAUCGCCAGAUAUAAUGGGACACGCUGAGUGGAUUGGCCGCACUAAUACGGCCGUGGCUCGAAGCGCGGUCGGGAAGUGGUUUCGCUUGGAGGGGUCUGGUCAUCCCCGCGAGCGAAAAGGCGCGUAUUUCUUUACAGAGCUGCGUGCAGGCCUUGCAACAUUCUUUGCAAUGGCAUACAUCAUCUCAGUCAAUGCCAAUAUCACGAGUGACACGGGAGCAACGUGUGUGUGUCCGGCCGAAGAUCUCGAAACCCACUGCAACAACAACACCGAGUAUCUUCUCUGCAAACAAGAAGUCAACCGUGACAUCGUGACCGCAACGGCAGCGAUAGCUUCUGUCGCCAGUUUCUUCCUUGGUCUCCUUGCCAACCUACCGGUAGCCCUUGCCCCCGGCAUGGGUCUCAACGCAUACUUCGCUUAUACCGUCGUCGGACACCAUGGAAGCGGCUUGAUUCCGUACAGCCUCGCAGUGACUGCGGUGUUCGUUGAAGGCUGGAUUUUCCUUGGGUUGACUAUGUUGGGUAUUCGACAAUGGCUUGCCCGUGCUAUUCCGGCAUCCAUCAAGCUAGCAACUGGUGCUGGUAUCGGAUUGUAUCUGACUCUAAUUGGUCUGAGUUAUAGUGCUGGGCUUGGUCUCGUCCAAGGUGCCCAGGACAGUCCCAUUCAAUUGGCGGGUUGUGCAUCCGAUGAAUUCGACUCGGAUGGGUUGUGUCCUUCGUAUGCUAAAAUGCGAAACCCGACGAUGUGGAUUGGCAUCUUUUGCGGCGGUUUCUUCACCGUUUUCUUAAUGAUGUAUCGAGUCAAGGGUGCAGUCAUUGCUGGUAUUCUUCUGGUCUCCAUCAUUUCUUGGCCGCGCACCACGCCGGUCACCUACUUCCCUCACACAACGGAAGGUGACAACAUGUUCGACUUCUUCAAGAAGGUGGUUACCUUCCAUCCGAUCCAGCACACGUUACUGGCCCAGGAGUGGAACAUCUCGAGCAACGGGGGCCAGUUUGGUCUUGCCUUAAUCACAUUCCUCUAUGUUGACAUCCUCGACGCAACGGGUACUUUGUAUUCGAUGGCGAAGUUUGCUGGAGCGAUGGAUGAGCGCACUCAGGAUUUCGAGGGCAGUGCCAUGGCUUAUACGGUUGACGCGAUUUGCAUCUCAAUCGGGUCUCUGUUUGGCUCCCCGCCAGUGACGGCAUUUGUCGAGAGUGGUGCUGGUAUCUCGGAAGGUGGUAAAACUGGACUGACGUCGUGUAUGACGGGGAUCUGCUUCUUCAUCGCCGUUUUCUUUGCGCCGAUCUUUGCGUCGAUCCCCCCGUGGGCCACUGGCAGUACCCUAGUCAUUGUUGGCUCAAUGAUGAUGCACGCGACCCUCGAGAUCAACUGGCGGUAUAUGGGAGACGCGAUUCCCGCCUUCCUGACGAUCUCGGUUAUGCCUUUCACUUACAGUAUCGCAGACGGCCUCAUUGCCGGUAUCAUCAGCUAUAUCUUGAUCAACGGCGGAGUGUGGGUUAUCGCCAAGUGCACGGGAGGCCGGAUUGUUCCACCAAACCGCGAUGACGAGCAUGAGGCGUGGACCUGGAAGAUUCCCGGAGGAUUCUUCCCGCCAUGGCUCGUCCGUGCAGUUCACGGAAAGAAGGACUUUUGGCGAGCAGACGACGAGGCUAGCCAGUUGGACCUUGGCGUUAUGCCGCCAAAUGGGUCGAUGUCAUCAGGGUCUCCGGAGCAAGUCGCGGAGAAAGCAGUCGGGAAGUAUUAAGUUUAAUAUGAAAUUCGGUCACAUUUCAGAGUGUGACCUAAGCAUGUAUUUAAUGAGCGAGAUUUGCAUAUUUUUGUUUCCGAUUAGUCGUACGAAUUUCAUCCAGCAGUCCUUCGGGGCGCAGUGUUUAUCAAUAAUCACCAGAUCUUCCAGACGCGGUAGAAUGCGGAAUUAUUAGCGCGGAAUGCGGCAGGGAACAGAUCGACGACUAUUGACGCAAGGCUGACGGUCGAGCGGUGAAGAGGCCGGUGCUGGCAGUGUUGUUAGCCGGGGAGGCCAACCGAGCAAUGGAUCAGAAAUUGGGCGAAGGAUAAAUGAGGCGUGAGCUUGUGAUGGGUGGAUGGAAGGAAGAAGAUGGUGGGGAGAGAAUG